AUGAUGGAGGGAUGCGGCUACGUCGGAGUCGGCUUCGAUGGUCGCGGAGACUACAGCAGUACAUCCAGGAGGAAAACUGUCGUACAGAGGAACUGUGAAAACGCGGCAACUUAUCAAGGCGAGGACGUCCCAGACAACAUGAACGCCCACGGCAUCUAUGACACGGAAGUCACCUCUUAUGUCUUCGAUGGGAGAGAGUCUUAUCGCCAUUCUCUACAACAGUCGGCUGGAGUCUCUAUCUCAGGAUUUGGAUUCCAGGCUGCCGUGGACACAGCAUGGGGUGGAUCUUCAUCGUCAGAGAAACAGAAGUUUAUGUCCCUUAUCAAGUGUAAUAUCAUCAGGUAUGAGAUCUUUCUUGAUGAGGUGGCGCCUGAUUCCCUGAGCCUGCCUUUCCUGAGGGAUUUCCUGUCCCUUCCUAAGAACUUCAUGCAGGGAAAAGCUAAACUCCAGGAUUUUAUCAUCCGUUACGGAACUCAUUUCAUCAAGUCAGCAAAGUUCGGCGGUUCCUUCAAGCUGUUCAAAACACAAGAAGCCACCAAGAGUGAAAGUCUUGAGGAAUUUUCCGUGCAGGCUCAGGCUUCUUAUAACUCUAUGUUUUUCAACGCGGGGGGUCAUUACAGCAACGAGCAAUCCAGCGAGAAGUCCUCAUCGUCUCAGACUUCCAGCACCCAUUUGAUGAUUGAAGGAGGUGACCAGGAAGUUGCAGCCAUCGUUGCAGACUUCUACACCACCAGCUUCAAGGAAACCUUCACAGAAUGGCUGAAGUCGGUCCCAACGUACCCGAAACCUAUCGAGAUGUUCAUGGGCACCAUGUCGGAGCUGCUCAACUUGAACUUCAAACUUCUGUUCCCCUUCGACAUCGGCGAUGCUGCAGAUGGCUGCUUUAGUCAAAACUUGUUCACGGAGGAAGGUACUGGGCGAAAGUACUACAACGUCCCAAUUCCUGUGAAAGGCAGUAAAGGAAAUAAAACAGCAGCGCAUGAGAAACGGUACAUCAAGGGAUAUAAAGUCUUAAAUUGUAAUAUAAUAUUGAUGUUUAUUAUUUUGACUUUUAGGUACUGUGACGAUUCGUCUAUUGAAGAAUUUCAACUCAGUAUGGACAAGAAGCGACUCGCUCUGGAAAGGGCAAUUGCUGUUUACAUGGAAGAGGGCCCAAUCCCCAUGACAGACUUCCAUCUGAAGGGAGGGUACGCCGGAUGUCAGACUGACCGCCUAACUAUAAAGGGAGGAGAUGCUGGAGUUUCACAUCCAUCGUGGCUUGACCUGAUCAACGGAGACACAUACAAGAUAGUCUUUGAUACUCUAGUGGACAUCAACCAAAAUAUAAAGAGGAAUACCGAAGUCUACGUGGUUUAUUCAGAGAACAGUUGGAACUGCCACGCACCAGAGGAUUUUCUUCACAUAUACAACAGCUAUGACAACGGGAGGAGUGAUGAUACUGAUAACAAAAAGGUCUCCUGUUUUGGUUUUGUGAUGACAUACAACGAAAGGACUGGAAAGUUUCUUGUCACAGUGGAUGAUUUCAAAGCUUCCAUUAAGGUUUUGGGCAAUCUCUCAACCAGCCUCAUGAACUCAAAGGUGGCCAGAGCUGAGUACAUCAGUCCGUUAGAGCACUCAGAGAAAAACAGUGGGGCUUUGGCGAGUAUCCUUGAAGCACCAUGCACCGUGAAGUGGUCCAACUCCUACCAGAUCAAACCUGCAGAAGAGGGCGGGAGGUGUCUGUACUUCGUUGCGGCGUCGGCAGGAGACAUUUUUGUUGUCUUUUCCGCCAUCCCGAGGGACAAGACUACCUGGUAUCAUCUUCAGAUCAGUUUCCAAGGUGUCGCACUCUACAAGGGAAUGAAAUUGGUUAAAUACGAAGGAGCGAAAAGCGCAAGAAGUCUUGGAGACUCCAAACUGUUUCAGCCAUAUUUUAUCUGCAUCGAAGAAAAUAUGGACAAACAACAAACCAACAUCAAAUAUGGCAUCGGCUCAGAUAAUGCGGAAAAGGGUUUGGUCUAUAUGGUCUGCAAUGAUAAUGGUAAGCCAUUGGGUAUCCGAUUCUACUCCUUUGGAAGCGGGGAAGAAGACGUAGAGAUCAUGGACGCCAGGAUCAUCGAGGGAGGGGCUGCAGGACAGAUGGAAUGUACAGGGGGAACUGUCAUGAAGGACGGCAUGUGUGUGGAAGACUGUCAUCCGGAAUGCAACGGAUGCAUUCCAAAGUCUCCAGGAUCGAAGCUCGACACCGAAUGCCGCCUGUGUAAGCACUUUUCUGUUCGCAAGGACGACGGAAGUACCCAAUGUGUGGCCGCAUGCCCUGCCGGAAAAAAGGUGGCUCCAAAUGGUGUGACGUGCAUAUGUGAAGACUAUUCCGUCCGCAACGAUGACGGGAGUACCCAAUGUGUCUCAGCGUGUCCUGUCACUACCCACCAAGUGGCCACCGAUGGCGUGACCUGCGAACCCAAGUUAAAGAAGUGGAGGGACGACGAUCGUUGUGGUCCAAGCUACACAACACCGACAGCCAACCCAGGGCAGUGCGACCCAAAUAGUGCCAAACCCUGCUGUUCCUCACUUGGAUGGUGUGGAAACACUGUCAGACACUGCACCUGCGCAGUCUGUAGGGACUAUCGAUGGUUGAAACGAGAUUCCUCAUGGGUUGUGGAAUCUGCCGGCACACCGUGGGUCAACAACAGAGUGACGUAUGAUGCCACAAAAGUCUUGGAUGGGAACACUGGAACCUACUGGAACCCCAUGCAUACCGGCCGAUACUUCAACAACUGGUACAUCAUUCUCGACCUCGCAGCGCCCCACACUUUGACCCGCAUCGCAAUCAACAACAGAGGAGACUACGAUCAUGACGUUGCAGCCUUCAAGUUGCAAAAGUCGCAGGGUAAUAGUCCGUACAACUGGGAGGACGUGGUGUCCUUUACUAACGUAAUAAAGUGGACGAGCAGGCGCCAAGAGUUCGGCGGUUUCCGGGAAACAGCAGAGUAUUGGAGGUUCGUGGUCACUCGGACCUACGGGGGCUAUCAGCCGUAUCUCAAAGAACUGAACUUCCAAGGAUUCGAAGCAGGUACCAAUGUUGCCCUGGGGAUGUUAGCGUUUCAAACAACCACGCGUCCGGACGGCGGACCUGCCAGGCUUGCAGUCGACGGGAACCCCUCUACAAGAUGGACAGAUGGUUCCUGUGCACAUUCUCAACAAGAGGAGAAUCCCACGUGGUGGGUGGAUCUCGGUCAGUCGUAUGCGGUUGAUAGGAAUAUUCCCUCGAACAUCGUCUUUAGUGAACACUCAGUGCAAUACACGGUAGAUGCUACUAGAGGACAGAUGAGAUUCGGGAGCCGCAAUGUGUAUAAAAAAGAGGGGUCGUCCAAAGAUGAACUGGCAGCAGACAGUUGA